GCCCCUCCAGAUCGUUCGAGAGAGAAGGUCCGGAAACGGUAAGCAGUAAUCGUCAGCCGUCUGUCCUCGUCGUUGUGUUUCCGUCGGGACCGGAGUGCGUCAGCCAGAAAUCGAAUCGAACCGCUGUUGUUGUUGUUGUUGAAUCGAAAAGGGUUGUUGUGCGGGCAGCCUCGCUCUGUCCCGGGGAUCGAAUAUGCGAGGGGUGCCGGAGUGCCUUAGGCCCACACGGGGUGGCUACCUCGAGCUCUCUGGAGACCUUCUUCAACGCAUUGUCAUCACUGACCCAAUCGAGAAGUUCUACGAAGUGGAAGAUGAACCUUUUGCAAGAGGAAAAUACGCAGCAGUUCGGCGUUGCCGCGAGAGGACGAGCGGUAGGCAGUUCGCAGCCAAAUUUCUGAGAAAACGAAAUCGCUCGAAGGAUCACAGGAACGAAAUCCUGCACGAGGUGGCGGUCCUGGAGGCCUGCAAACCUUGCAACAGGGUUGUCAACUUGCAUCAAGUGUUCGAGAGCACAAAUGAAAUCGUUCUUCUCCUUGAACUUGCUUGUGGAGGAGAAUUGCAAAUGCUGCUCGACAGUGACGACUUUCCAACUGAAGGCCAAGUGCAAACCUUUAUGAAGCAGAUAAUGGAAGGGAUUUUAUAUCUGCACAAUAUGAAUGUUGCCCAUCUUGACAUUAAGCCUCAAAAUCUUGUUUUAACUGGUACAUUUCCUGAGUGUGAAGUGAAACUGUGCGAUUUUGGCAUUUCAAGAUACUGCAAAGGGACAGAUGUGAGAGAAAUAGUUGGCACCCCAGAUUAUAUAGCACCAGAAAUCCUAAACUAUGAACCAAUAAGUCUUGCUACUGAUAUGUGGUCUGUUGGAGUACUGUUAUACGUACUGUUGACUGGGUGUUCUCCUUUUGGAGGUGAUACAAAGCAAGAAACGUUUUGUAACAUAACUCACUGUAGGCUUGAGUUCCCUGAUGAUCUCUUUGAAGAUAUAUCCGAGGAAGCGAAAGACUUGAUGACCAAACUUAUUGUUAAAUUACCAAGUGGCAGGCUAUCGGCGAAGGAAUGCCUUCAACAUCCAUGGUUUUCCAAAACUUUCAAUGACAUCGGACCAUUUCCACCAUCUAAAACAGUAGAAUUAAUUGAUCACGAGAAAACUCAGAGACUUAAAGUACAUAUUCCUGAGGCACAUUCUACACACAAAGUCGUGACUGAAGAAACUACACCAGAGGAUACUAAUAAUAACAAACACAACAAGAACAGUCAUCCAUUGAAGGGCCUAAAGGAAGAAAGAAGACAGGUGUUAAAGACAAAUCUAGCUAAUCUUGUAAACAGGUUGGACAAUGACACAAAGCUCAAUCGGGUGGAUAGCUUCAGCCGAAAUCGUGCUUCAGGCAUGCAGACGCUACCCUCUAUAAGGUUCAACAACAAUAUCAACAUCGAGAAUACUGUCUUCAAAUUCCAAAGGGCAGUUGUUAUUGAUGAAGAUGAAGGAUUUCCUCCUUCACCUGUCAGUACAGAUAAUUCAUCGAUUAGUGAUUCAAGUAGUGACACGAUAUCGGAUAUGUCGAUAGACUCUUCGUCCGAUAGAUCGAGCAUCAUUUCUCUUGAUGAUUCUUUGGAUUAUUCGUAUAGAUUAAGACAAUAUUCGUCAUGUGCCAAUUUAUGGGAAGCUGUAAAAAACCAAAAGCCUACUUUGAAGCAGUGGCCACCAAAGGAAUGCAGUGACUCUUUCAUCAAGGCUAUGUCCAGGUUCAGGAUGGAGCCAAAACCUAAACUUACCAUUUACAAUGGUAGGCAGAAGUCCAUUGGGCUUGAUAUUAUUCGAAAGAAUGACAACCAAGUAGUGAUUCGUGAGCACAAAGCUAUUAAUAAUCAUUACACAAAGACAAGUGAGCUGAAAUGCGAGUCGGUAAAGUCCAGAAUACGGAAGUUCCAGAUUCCAAGGCCGGUUCCGGAGCUGGACAACAUAUUUUAGCUCAAAAAUAAAAUUAUUGUACAAAUGUAUAUUAAAUUCUCUGUGCCUACUUGUAUAAAUAUUACCUAGUGAUUUAUACUUUCAAAUUAUUUUUAUGUUCAAAUUACAAACUUUAUUUAUUGUUGAAUUAUUGUGACAUUUUGAUGAAUUAAUGUUGAAGACUCAUUGAAAUAGUUUAAUUUUUGUUUGUUUGUGGCGCUAAUUAUUAAAAAGUCACUAUUUGUUUAAUAUACUGAAGUUAAUCGUCUAUUUAAGUCAAUAUUAAUAAUUCCAGUGGUUAAUUAAUUAAAAAAUUAAGUGCUCAAAUGUAAUUAGGAUUUAAUAGACAAUCAAGUCCAAAAGAACUCCAGUCAAAAUGGAUACAAAAACAUGUUUACUGUUGCUAUCUUUAAGAAAAAAACUAGUCAUAAUUUUUUUUAAUUACCAAAAAUGAAAAAAAAUUAAAACUAAAUUGGUGAGAAAAUACCAUUAUUUGUGUGCAAAUUCAUAUAAACUUUUACAUAUUUAUUAUACAGUAUUGUAACUCUUGUCAAGUGCUAUAAAACUUAAUUUUUUACUGAUCAAGUAAUUUAAUCAUUGUUAAUGUAAUAUUUUUGAAAAUUUAAAUUCGAUUGAGCAUCAAGUUCAAUUUCGAAAUUGCCAUAUUUAAUCAAGUCUGUUAAAGCUAAACAUGUGCCAAGGUAGUUCAGAUAGGAGCUUGGUGAAAUCAGAAGACACCGAAGUCUGUGAUUUUAGUCAGGUUCUUUUAAAAUGCAUUUCUUAGCUAUAUUUGCUACGAGUGAUUCAUAUUUGUACUUACUCUAGCUUAGGUAAAAUAAGUUUUGUAAAUAUUUAUUACAUUAGUACACUAGUAAA